AUGAACGGCCGACCCCACAAGCAGUCAAUGUCGGAGCUGAAGCUUCGCAGGCUCGCGGAGCACAACCAACGGCUGAGGGAGGACCUGGCGAGGCCAAGAAUCAGGGUCAGCGAAGCUAGCGCAAGCCUGAUCCGCUACUGCAAAACAACGAAAGACCCCCUUGUACCAUCUGUAUGGGGUCCAGUAGCAAAGAACGAGGACCCAUAUGCACAGCAAGGCGGAGGCACGAAGGGAUGCUGCGUCGUCCAGUGA